UUCAUAAACUCCUCAUAUGUUUUUAAAUCUGGAUUUGUACAAGUACCUCAAACAAAGUGCAGUACUUGUACUUGCAGUAAUUGUACUUCGGUCGGUGUACUUUCCGACUCUCGGUGCGGUCAGUGAAGGCAGCAGCAGCGGGCCAGAGGCGGAGCACCGGAGGAGCUCGCGGAGGCGGUCGUUCAGCUGACGGCUCAUUAACCAAUCAGCAGCUUCAGAGGACGUUAACGAGCUCUGACUCUGAUGGAGACGGAGGCCCCGCCCACACGCAGCAGGACCUGCCGUCAUUGGUCGCUGUAGCAGAGGGGAGCGGUCCUCAACCGGAUGCUGAGAUGGGAGAGGUGCGAUUGGAUGAGCGGUGUCUGUCUGGACGUCCCGAGGUGGAGGACGAGGAGCUCCGUCCACACUGUGCUGGUGGAGUGGUUACCAUGGAAACCAGGAGGGUGGAGGAGGAGAAGCCAACGAAGAAGAAAAAAGAGGAAGAGGAGGAGAGAUGGAGGAAGCUGUUCCCUGAAAUAAAGAGGUGUGUGAUCCUGAUUCCUCGUAACACACUGGAGGUGAUGAAGGUGAAGCAGGAGGAGGAGGAGGAGGAGGGAGGGGGGGUGAGGUCAGCUGACCCAGAGCCUCACUUUGAUUGGAUGGAGCCGUUGGAGCCGGGCGGCGGCGGCGGCGGCGGCAGAUUCGUGAAAAAGGUGGAAUUCAAAGUUCAAGCCAACCUCCGCCUUAGUGACAUGCCCAGGAGACCCCUGAAGCAGAGCUCUGAUGUCAUCACCGCUGACCCCGCCCACCGCCUGCAGCAGCACGGGACAGAAAACAAACACACCACAGAAAACAACGAGGAGGAGGACGAUGAACACAUCACACCAUCUGAGACAGACCACAACUACACCAGACUGACACACACACCUGACAACAACAGCCAAUCACAGGAGCCCAGACACAAGUGUGGAGACUACAGCUGCUCAACAGAGAGGAAGAAUCCACCUGUCGUCGUGUUCACACAGGUUGGGAGGGGUCAGAGGCUGCUGAGGAGGUCAGAGGUCAAAGAAGAGGAGGAGGAGGAGGAGGAAGCUGAGCAGGUGAAGCUGAGGACGAAUGAAAACCCACCGACCGACAGAAAACCUGUGAAUCGGAGGAAGCGUCGCACGGCGUGUAAGAGGUGUGUGGCCUGUCUCAGAGAGGAUUGUGGGAAGUGUGGUUCCUGCCUGGAUAUGAGGAAGUUUGGAGGACCGCACACCAAGAAGCAGAGGUGUCGACUCCGACUGUGUCGGGUGAUGUUCAGUCCUGGACCAGUGGAGAUCAUCCAGGAUGGAGAGGAGGCUGUUACCACGGCAACUGAACCCCGACAUCAUCAGUGGAGGAGACAGAAGGAUGACGAGGAGGAGGAGGAGGAGGAGGAGGAGGAGGAGGAGGAGGUGGGUGUUCUCUUCUUGUUUGAUUUAUUUCUCUUUUCUGUUCCUUUCGACGACAAUAAGACGAGACUGAGAGAGAGAGAGAAGCUCAAUGCAUCAUGGGAAACUCAUGGAAAGUGAUAUUACACAGGUGGAAGGAGGCAGACAGACCUCCUCCUCU